AUGUCCCUCUACUUCGAUGCAGUCGCAAUCCUGACCGCGCCCUCCUCAGGCGGCUCCUUCAAGUCGCGAGUCUACAGCGCCCGCAACCUACGCGCCUCUCCAGCCCAGAUCUACGCACUGAUCACCGAGGCCGCAAAAUGGGACACUGUGCUAGCAGAUGUGAUAGACAAAUCCGGUAUUCUCGCACUAGAGCGCAAGCUCACUCCCCUCCUCGCUCUCCUCCUCGUCCAUGACCACCUCCUCGCGAAGAAGGGCAUUGCCGCGCCGGCAACGCACACACUCCGCCAGACGGUGGAGCGCCACAAGGCCAGGCUGAAGGCCGAGUUCACGAAAGCGCGCGUGCGUCGUGGAUGCGCUUCCGUCGAGCAAUUCAAGGCUGUUGUCGUGCGCGAGAAACGGCUCGCUGAUGGGACGAGCCAUUUCGUCUACCCGCGCUGGGUGCGCGUUAAUAAUAUCCGCACGACGCUUGAAGAGCAGCUGGAUACUACGUUCAAGGCUUAUCGUCGCGUAGAGAGUCUUGCGGAAUUGGCGCCGGAAGACGAGAUGGAAAGUAGGAAGCCGGAGCCGAGGUUGUUUGUUGAUCCUAAUAUUCCGGACUUGGUGGCUGUGCCGUUCGGUGCGGAUUUUACUGCUUCGUCGGCUUACAAGAAUGGGGAGAUUAUUCUUCAGGACAAGGCUUCUUGCUUCCCGGCGUAUUUAUUGUUAGGUGACCGCGGGCCUGGGGACCCGUGGGAGGGUGACUUGGUUGAUGGAUGUGCUGCGCCGGGGAACAAGACUACGCAUUUGGCGUCGCUUCUGGCGAAGCAGCAAAAGGGGAAUAAGAACAGCAGACAGAGAAUCUUUUCUAUGGAUGCAUCUAUCACCCGUUCUAGGACGCUGCAGAAAAUGGUUGGCUUGGCUGGGGCUGACUCGGUCACUGUGCUGCAGGGUCAGGAUUUCCUCGCCCUGGACCCAGAAGAUGAACAGUUUGAGAAAGUUACUGGGUUGCUGUUGGAUCCCAGUUGUUCUGGUAGCGGCAUCAUCGGGCGUGACGAGGUCCCUCAGUUCACACUCCCUGCUGCGGCACCAUACAAGGCGCCCAAGUCACAUGGAAAGAAAAGAAAGCGUGCGGACAACGAGGAAGAAGCAGAUGGCCAGUCGAAAGUUACCAUUGGAACGCCGCAGGUAGCGCCCACCGAUGAAAAUGAUAUCCCAGAUGGCACGGUCGACCCAGAGCGACUGACCAAACUAUCAAGCAUCCAAGCGCGGAUCGUUGAACACGCUUUGCGUUUCCCGAAUGCUACCCAUGUGACGUACAGCACUUGUUCUAUUCACCUGAUUGAGAACGAGGGCGUUGUGGCUCGCAUUCUGAAUUCCCAGGUCGCCAAAGAGCGCGGCUGGCGUCUCCUGCGACGUGAUGAGCAGCCUGAGGGCUUGCGUCGGUGGAAGAAACGAGGCGUGCGAGAGGAGCGGCCGGCGGAGGGAGAGACGGGGCCAUCGGGCUCGGUAGAUCUCUCCGACGAGGCACUCGAAGCGUGCAUCCGAUCCUGGCAAGGCGACGCAGAAGGUCUUGGAGGAUUUUUCGUCGCUGGAUUCAUUCGGGACCCUGCUCAUGUCACGGCCGUUCCAGCGAAGGAAAGUAGACAUGAUGAGAGUGAAGGUGAAAAAGAUGAAAAGGACGAAGACGACGAAGAAUGGGGAGGAUUCUCCGAUUAG